AUGGCUGCAUUUGGAAGUGCAAGCGCAUUGUAUUUCAAGAGUUCUUUGUCUUUACCGUCGUCUUUCUUCCCAGCUAGUUGCAGUGAAGGAGUUUGUAAAGCUACAAUGAGUUCGAGUUCGUCUAUGUUUCAAGCCAUUCCCAUGUCUCUCCAUAAGUUGCAAACCAGUGGCUUGGUUGAGAAACUGGAGACGGGAAAUGGGUUUAAAAUUUCAAAUUUUACUAAUCCAGUUGCUGACGGACGGUUAAACAGCAAUAUUCUGAGUUGUCCGGACCCUGUUGUGGCUGCGAAGUUGUAUGCGGUUAUGGAGGCCAUCACUGAUAGAGUGGAAAUGCAUCGGAAUGUUGGGGAGCAACGUGACAAUUGGAACCGACUCUUGCUGACUUCCUUGAAUGCAAUUACUCUUGGAGCUGCAACCAUGGCUGGAUUGGCUGCUGCAGCCACGACCAGUGCAUCAAUCACGGCACUAAAGAUGUCAUCAAUGUUGCUGUAUUUAGCAGCCACCGGGAUGUCGGUGGUGAUGAACAAGUUACAACCAUCCCAACUUGCUGAAGAACAGAGAAAUGCUGCAAGAUUGUUCCAGCAGCUUCGUUGUCAGCUUCAGUCCAAACUCUCUCGCGGAGAUCUCAACAACAACCAAGUAGGGGAAGCAAUGGAGAGAGUUUUGGCUUUGGAUAAAGCAUACCCUCUCCCUUUAUUAGGAUCCAUGAUUGAAAAGUUCCCCUCCACUGUGGAACCUGCAACUUGGUGGCCUCCACAGACGCAAGUACAUAAACAUAAGGAAACAAACACAAAGCUCAGUGGAAAUGGCUGGAGUAGAGAGCUAGAAGAAGAAAUGAGAGAGAUUGUUGGAGUACUGAAGAGAAAAGAUCUGCAAGAAUACUUGAGUUUGAGCCAAAAGGCCUUGAAAGUCAACAAGAUUUUAGCAGUUUCUGGUCCAUUGUUAACCUUGGUUGGAGCAAUUGGAUCUGCUUUUGUAGGUUCUUGUUCAGGGGCCUGGCCUGCUAUGGUAGGAGUUGUUGCAGGAUCUAUGGCAAGUAUUGUGAAUGCUUUGGAACAUGGUGGUCAAGUUGGGAUGGUGUUUGAAAUGUACAGGAACAAUGCAGGUUUCUUUAAGCUUAUUGAAGAAACAAUCGAAUCAAAUGUAAAUUUGAGAGACGUUCUUAAAAGGGAGAAUGGAGAAGUGUUCGAAAUUAAGGUCGCUUUACAAUUGGGAAGAAGUUUAACAGAACUCGAGCAAUUGGCUGCAUCAAAUUCAAGCAGCAGCAACGGCAGAGAAGAAUUGAGAGAGUUCGCAAGCAAACUUUUCUAA